AUGCGCACCUUCGCCACCGCCGGAACCGCCGCCGCGCUCGUCGCCUCGGUCUCUGCCCACGGCCACGUUGCCAGCAUCGUCGCCGGCAGCAAGACCUACACUGGCUACGACCCCAGCUUCUCCUACCAGACCCCGGCCCCCAAGGUCCCCGGCUGGAGCGCCCAGAACCUGGACAACGGCUUCGUCGAGCCCAGCUCCUUCUCCAGCCCCGACAUCAUCUGCCACAAGGAGGGCAAGCCCGGCCAGUCGUACGUCGAGGUUGCCGCGGGUGAGGAGGUCAAGCUCCAGUGGAGCACCUGGCCCGACAGCCACGUCGGCCCCAUCAUCGACUACCUUGCCAGCUGCGACGGCGACUGCACCACGGUCGACAAGACCAAGCUGCAGUUCGUCAAGAUCGACCAGGACGGCUACCACAGCGGCAGCUCUCCCGGCGAGUGGGCCACGACCGACCUGAUCUCCAACGACUUCACGUGGAGCGCCAAGAUCCCCAAGGACCUCAAGGCGGGUAACUACGUCCUGCGCCACGAGAUCAUCGCGCUCCACUCCGCCGGCCAGGAGAACGGCGCCCAGGCCUACCCCCAGUGCGUCAACCUCAAGGUCACGGGCUCGGGCUCCACGGCCAUCUCCGGCGGCGAGUCCGCCACCGAGUUCUACAAGGCCGACGACGCCGGCAUCAAGUUCAACGUCUACACCGAGGACAUCAAGUACACGAUUCCCGGCCCCGCGCUCUGGAAGUCGGCUGCUGCCAAGCUCCGCCGCCACGUCCGUGACUUCACCGGCUACUAA